AUGCAUGUACCGGGCUUGGGCGACAUCACCAAAAAAGUCCAGGACGGUCUGCUGAUCGUGGGCCAGAUGGUGUUCGAGAGCAACCAGCUACAGAGUCGGUCCACGGUGCUGCGUCUCCUGGAGGCCAGCCCAACCGCAUGCUCAGGGCGUGGUCUUGGCACCACGUCUCUGCCAACGGAAGUGACAGUGUUUCUGGAUGUAUAUGACAUGGGUCCUCUCAAUUCAGCGAGUAUGGACUACGACCUGGACGCGUACCUACAACAGUCGUGGUACGACCCUCGGCUGAGCUUGCUCCGGUUCGGCAUCAACGAAACGGUCAUGCUGAGCGGCGAGGCCAUCACGGCGCUCAUCUGGAAGCCCGACCUGUACUUCGUCAACGCCAAGCGCGCCACCGUCCACGACGUCACGGCGCCGAACGAGUUAGUCCAGAUAACUCCUGACGGCUACGUUCUCUACGGGGUGAGGGUGCGCCUCAAGCUCUCCUGCCAUAUGUAUUUUCAUCUAUUUCCUCUGGACAGACAAAAGUGCUUCGUCAUCAUUAGACCUUAUGCACAAAGGAAUGAUCAAACAAGAAUUUCUUGGGCACGUGACAAACCCGUUUCGAUGGAGUUUGACAUACAAAUGGAGGAAUUCGACCUGGUUGGCUUCUACACAGGACAGUUUGUUGAGCGGCGACAAAUAGGUACCUUCAGCACCUUGAACGUGACGUUCCUACUGCACCGCCGAAUUGAGUUCCACUUGAUACAGAGCUACUUCACCACCUGCCUGGCCGUGUUCAUCUCGUGGGUGCCCUUCUACAUCACCAUGGUGCUGCCGCAAAUUCGCGUGGCCAUCGGCUGCACGACACUGCUUACCGUGCUGUCAAUCAUGUCAUCGGUUCGCACGGUCGCUCCUCGUGUCUCUUACGUGAAGGCCAUCGACGUCUGGGCGACCCUGUGCAUCAUAUUCAUCUUUGCUGAGCUCGCAGAGACCACUCUCGUCCACUACAUGAUACGUAUGAAGCUCAGGCCUCGCAUCAUGCGAAGGGUGGACUUCGGUAUCGCCAAUCUUCUGCACUACGUCCGCCACGGCUACCCGACGGACGACUUCCUGCUCAAACUGGACUCCCAGAGCAAGCUCGAACUCCAUCGAAACCAGAAGAGAGCCGAGGCCAUCGACAGAGCCAGUCGUUACAUGUUUCCCCUGUGUUUCGCGUUCUUGAACCUGGUCUACUGGCUGUAUUACACAGACCAACGAUACGAGAAUUACUACAUCAGCUCCAUGUAG